AUGUCCUUCAGUUCCAUUCCCAUCCUCGACCUGUCGGAAGCGCGCGACCCCGCGACAAAGCCGGCUUUCCUCGACUCCCUGCGCCAUGCGCUUCUGGAAGUCGGAUUCCUCUAUAUCAAGAACACCGGUGUUGACGACAAGCUGAUCCGGGAGGUUAUUGAGGAGGGGAGGAGGUUUUUCGAAUUGCCAGAUGAGAAGAAGUUGGAGGUCGAGAUGAAGAAUGCGCCUAGUUUUCUGGCUGAUCCCAGUGCCUUUUCUUUUCUUUUCUUUUCUUUUCCCUUUACAACAGGCUACUCGCGGCUCGGCAAUGAAAUAACACGCUUCAAGACCGACUGGCGCGAACAGAUAGACCUGUCAACCACACACCCCCUCCCCGCCCCAUCCGACCCUCUAUACCACAAUCUCCUAGCUCCCAACCAAUGGCCAGAUAGCAGCUAUCUCCCCCGCUUCCGCCCCGUCUACGAACAGUAUAUGACCCAGAUGGGCGCCAUCAGCAUGGAGUUCAUAUCGCUCGUGGCCGAAGCAAUCGGGCUGCCGUCGAAGGCCUUCGAGCGUUUCUUCGAUAAGGGCCAGCAACACAAGUUGAAGAUUGUGAAGUAUCCAGACCUUCAAGAGCUGGGUGUGGAGGGGGAUGAAGGGGAGGGCCAGGGCGCGAGCCACCAUCGGGGGCUGCAGGUCCAGAAUCAUCGGGGGGACUGGGUGGAUUGUCCACCCAUCGAUGGGACGUUUGUCGUGGCGAUUGGGCAGGGGCUGGAGGCGAUGACGCAGGGAGUCUGUCAGAGCACGACCCACCGCGUCCUAAGCCCCGCUCGGGGCAGUGGUGCCCGCUACAGCGUUCCCUUCUUCCAGGGUGUAAGUUACGAUGCUACAUUCGAGAGCAUGGACGUACCGGCGCACGUCAAAGCUCUUCGCGAGGAAGUUAUCAGGCGCAACGGCAUCCGGCAGGAUGACAUUGAGUUUACGUUUUCGAAGGGGAGGUGGGGGCAUCUGGGGGAGGCAACGCUGAUGAAUCGGAUCAAGAGCCAUCCGGAUGUUGGGGAGCGUUGGUAUCCAGCGCUCCUCCAGAAAAUCAGAGAGGAGCAGGCGCGAAAUAAUCAGGUCGCGGAAGAACCCCAAGGUUUAUUGAAGGAGAAACCCAAAGUUAGCAGCACACCGGUGGCGGCGCAUUGA